AUUGGCUGCUAUUGGUUAAAUCUAACGCCAGUUCGGAAUUCCCGCUCAAUAACCUUACGCUUAUAAUAAACAAAAAAGAUGUUCAUAAAGUGUCGGGAAUCAGGUCCGGUUUCACAGAUAUUUUCCUCGUACCCGGUUUGCAAUGUAUACCGAUAUCUAGUUUUUACAUGGCGACAUCCAGAACUUCGAAACUGAUAGUAGAUAAGGUAAUAGCGUUCAGUGAUGCGUGCAACAUGUCAUACACAUUCGUGCAUGGCGAAAUCCUCACAGAACAACUCUAUGUCCUUCACAACAAAGCUGAAAAUCCCAUAUCAGUGGAAACAGUGACUGGAUCCAUUGGGAUAGACGAUGGUGUGUUGCUGAGAUACUAUGGGACCCAUUGUGCGCAAAACGUUACUUUGGACACGGCCGACGAUGACUUUCGACCAUACUCUACAGAUUACUUUAAUUCUACAGUUUCUGACUGCGGUCCUUUGAAAUGUAUUAAAGUUUUAAAAUUUGGCACAAAUUUCAAUGCGACCAUCAGCUACAUAAAAGUGACUGACCACACGACGGGAGUUGUUAUCGAAGCCACACGUCCAGGUACAAAGAUUUAUUGUGUAGACGAGAAUCGUGGUAAUAGAAAAUGGAAAGUUACUUUGAGCUCAGCCACUGCAGUUAAUCGCUUUACAAUGGAUUUCGAAGGGUCAAUCCUCAACGAAGAAUAUUUAUAUUUUGGCAGUUUGAGACCCGUUCAUAAUGACUACUUUAUUAACCUUCGGGACAUUGGAAAAUUGCUUUGUGUAUAUUUGACAUGGUAUCCCAGCUUUGAUAUGAAUAACCGUACACUUACUUUGACUCGUGAGCAUGAGGAAAAGUAUACGUUUCUGACUUCAAGUCAUAAUAUCACGAACCAAGCAGCAUAUCCUGUCAGCACCUGCUAUGAUGAUGAUGAACUCGCAGAUUCACUAUUAGAUGAUUGUUGUGAAGAUGAGAAAUACUCUACCAUUUGUGAUCGAAAUAAUUAUCCACAGCUAAAGAACACUACUAUAGUUUGGUUAUACUCACUUAAAGGACAUACUUUUGAUCAUGUCAACCUGAUCUAUAACAAUACUGUUUUGUCGAGCGUACCAAUGAAAAACUAUAACGCUGUAAAGAGCGAUGGGAUAUUUUGUUAUGAAAAAGAAUAUUUACUUCAAGCAUCUCACCUUACAACAUUUCCUCCCGUCAACUGUAAAUCUACAAAGGUUUCGCUUGCUUUGCUCUUACCAAAUAACACCAGAAUACAAUACUAUUCAGAAUUACUUUCUGACAAACAAAUUUGUGAAUGGGAGGUGUUUCCUGCCUUCCAAAGUAUUUUAAAUAUCACUUUCCCUUAUGGAUACACGGAAAAUAUGAAUGAUAUUACGACAGCUGUUAUGGAAGAGAGCAGCUAUACUAUCGACAAUACUACAGAAAUGGUAGUAACGGUCAAUGGCAGCGACUGUGAAACGAUGAAUGGCAGUGACUGUAGAACGGUACAAGCAACUACUGGAAGUAGCUCUCUCGAUCCUGAUGUUUCCACAACGCCGACAGUACAAUCAACCAGUGAAAGUAUUACUCUUAGCACAACAGAUAUUACAGUGCAAGACGUUUCAUCAGAAAGUGACAUCACAGUAUCAACAUUACCCACCACUCCUGAGAAUACUUUUACUCCAUUAAAUUCUAUAACAACAACCGAACUGACUUCGGAAAGCACACCAUCGAACAUAUCUAUUGAUAUACCCUGUUUUUGUCCUUGCCCUAAAACACAGAAGAACUUGACCCAGCAGGAACUCACUAUAAAACUACGUCAGAUUGUUUCGGAGUUAGCCCUACCACGGAAAAAAACUUCUAAGUACAUCCGCUCCAAAGUGAGCAUGCCAGAUGAUCGUCAAUCUUCGUUAUAUGUUAGUGGUGUCAUACUAAUUGUUGUGUUCGCUCCGUUUGUUUUAAUAGUGCUGCAAGACCUUAUUGUAAUUGUAAGAGAAUUUUAACACCAACCUGAAACAGCAAAUAAAAUUAGAUUCUAUAGAUCUUAAGAGAUAUGACUCAUAAAAUAUUUAUUUCUAACAUAUUUCAGACAUAACAUAGUCAAAUAUCAAAAGAUAACAACUUCUGUUAGACUAUCUAUACCAAAUGGGAUAGGAAUGGGGAGACUGACAAGAAUUGUGACAUUGGCAACGUAAGUAAACUACAAUCUAGAACCCGGUUAAAGACUACGACAUUCACCAACUGGCAGGUAUUAGAGAUUGAUUUCGUACAUAUACAGAUGUCCCUACAUGUAUAAGGACAGAGAUAAUAGAAGUCUUAAUGACAACGAUCUCUCAGCAUGUAGUUCAAUAUCUUAACAACUUUAUUAUUUCUAUCUUUAGAAUAUUGAUAUAUUCAUCUAAGGCUAAUGACUAUGACAUGUUACACUGAAUACUCGUUGGCUUUCAUUAUAAAACUGUUACCGUACAUUACCUAUUUGGUAGGUCAUUUCUUUUGCUGUAUUUUAAACCCUGUAGCAGUAACCUGGAGAAGGGGUCUCAAGCAGUAAAUAUUCCAAAAGAAUAAAACUCUUCUUAUGAAUUAUUUUAGUCAGAAUUUCGUCUUAAACAACCCGUUAUUCGGAAUGAGAAAGUGAUCUAUGACAUAUACGGUGUCUACACUUUAAAUGUUACUGGAAUCAACUUUACCUCCUUUCUCUUUGAGAAUUGAGAACAUGUACAAUAUAUAUACCAGUAAUAUUCUGACUUUGUGUUCAAUAAAACGUAAAAUCCAAAUCGUUUUCUUACAAAGAAUAUAUUUCAUUCGCAAUUUUUUUAUUUACAUCCAUUGCAUAUGUUGCCAACAUCCGCCUGAAAGAGAUGAAGGUCACAUAUUUUUUUUAAGUUUUCAUUCCUCUAAAAAUAUUGUGGGUAUAUAUGUAACCUACAUUUAUUAAUGUUUUGGUGGGUACUGUAUUAAUAUCUUAAAACAUAUCCCCAUUUAACUUCACCAUCUAAUCAUUGGGUGACUUUAGCAGGACUUCAAAUCUUCAGAUUUCCAAUUCUCUCAACCCAGUAUUUGGAUAUCAUAAUCUUAUAUUUUCUGUUUGAGAAGAAUGGGAUUAAUUUCGAUUAAACAAAUUCAACAUCAACCAUAUCUUCACAGUGAAAGCUAAAGAUACAAUCUUAACAUUGACACAGAACCAUGACUUUAUCGACAGCGUUAUACUUUAUUUUAUAAAUCUCGGGAGGAUAACAGGCAUAAAUCGACUAUGGCAGAAUUUGAAAUUAAAACAUAGUCUUAAGCAUCUCCAGAAAAAUCCUAUUGCUAAUGAGCAACGACUACAUCACAUCAUAAAAACAACGAGCCCAAACCUUACAUCUUAUACUUACCACUUCCAUUUUAUGUUACAGAGUGACUUCAGUAUUUUGCACAAGACACUAUUUACGACACUUUUUUACGAGAUGCAAACUCGUGUAUUUUUUAACAACUUUAAAUAAAAUUCGCUUACCGUUUA